UCGCCCCUACAAUCCGAACACCACCAUCACCGCCUUUUCCGUUUUCGUCGCCUCGCAGAUCCGCGUCUCCUCCUCUCUCUCUCUCUCUCUCUCUCUCUCUCUCGCGCCCCAAACCCUAGAAACCCUUCUCCUUCUCCGUUCGCGAGCGCGGAUCCACCCCCUUUUCCCCCUCCCUCUCGUCCAAUCCUUCGUUCUCGGGCUCGCGGGAGCUAGGGUUUCCUCCGCAGGGGCCUCGCGCGCCCGCACGCCCGCGCGCGAUGGCGACGAGGCGUAGUAGGGUGCUGGAGAACUGGGAGCGGCUCGUGCGGGCGACGCUGCAGCGGGAGCAGCUCCGCAGCGCCGGCCAGGGCCUCGCCGGCGCCGGAGCCGGUGGCGCUGGGCUCGCCAGCGCCGUCCCUCCGUCUCUCGUCAAGACCACCAAUAUCGAGCAGAUCCUUCAAGCCGCCGACGACAUCGCUGAUGAGGACCCCAAUGUCGCCAGAAUCCUAUGUGAGCAAGCAUAUACGAUGGCACAAAAUCUGGACCCACACAGUGAGGGUAGAGGUGUUCUACAGUUCAAAACUGGUCUAAUGUCUGUAAUCAAGCAAAAACUUGCGAAAAAAGAUGGAGCUGUAAUUGAUCGUCAGCGUGAUAUUGAGAGAUUGUGGAACUUCUACUUAACCUAUAAGAGGCGUCAUCGGAUUGAUGAAUUGCAACGGGAGCAGCAGAGAUGGAGGGAGUCAGGAACUUUUAGUACAAAUCUUGGAGAGAUGGAAUCGAGAAUGAUAGAAAUGAAAAAGGUUUUUGCCACUUUACGGGCCUUACUUGAUGUUCUAGAGGUUCUUGUUGGAGAUUCAGCUACGGAUGAACUGAGUAGACAAAUUAUGGAGGAGGUAAAGAGGAUUAAAAUAUCUGAUGGGACCUUGAGAGGAGAACUAACGCCUUACAAUAUCAUACCUCUUGAUGCACCUUCUGUAACCAAUGUUGUUGGUUUCUUUCCAGAAGUAAGAGCUGCGAUAUCUGCAAUUGGUUAUACCGCAGACCUUCCUCGACUUCCUGCUAAUUCCGGAGCUCCACAAUUGAGAAAAUUGGAUAUGUUUGACCUUCUGGAGUUUGUUUUUGGCUUCCAGGAAGAUAAUGUUCGGAAUCAGCGUGAAAAUGUUGUAAUGACCAUAGCGAAUGCUCAGGCUAGGCUUGGCUUACUUGAUGGAGUGGAGCCGAAAAUCGAUGAGAAGGCUGUAGCUGAAGUCUUUGACAAAGUACUUGACAACUAUAAAAGAUGGUGCAAAUAUCUAGGCAUUCGUGUUGUAUGGAACAGCACAGCAGCACUUAAUAAAAGCAGGAAACUCAUAUUUCUCUCUCUCUACUUUCUAAUUUGGGGUGAGGCUGCUAAUGUUCGCUUUCUUCCUGAGUGCAUUUGCUACAUAUUUCAUCACAUGGCAAAGGAAUUGGAUGCAAUAUUGGAUUCAUCUGAAGCCAGUCCAGCUAACAGCUGUACUAGUAGUAAUGGUUCUGUAUCAUAUCUGAAGGAAAUUAUUUCUCCUAUUUAUAAGACUAUGGCAGCGGAAGCUGCUAACAAUAAUAAUGGCCAAGCUGCUCACUCUGCCUGGCGGAAUUAUGAUGAUUUUAACGAAUACUUCUGGUCACCUUCUUGCUUCCAGCUGAAAUGGCCGCCUCAGAAGGAUUCCCUGUUUCUGCGUGAGCCAAAAGGGAGGAUUAGGACAUCAAAAUGCAGCUUUGUUGAGCACCGAACAUAUUUGCAUUUGUACCGGAGUUUUCACCGGUUGUGGAUUUUUCUACUUCUCAUGUUCCAGGGGUUGACAAUUGUAGCUUUUCACAAUGGAAAGAUCAACUUGAAUACCUUCAAAAUCAUACUUUGCACUGCGCCAGCCUUUUUUAUUCUGAACUUUAUAGAGAGCUGCUUGGAUGUUCUGCUUUUGUAUGGUGCUUAUAGGAUGACCAGACGUUUUGCAAUCUCUAGGCUGUUUAUUAGGCUUUUUUGGUUCGGAUUGGCUUCGGCAGCCAUGACUUAUCUGUACUUGAAGGUUUUGGAUGAAAGAAAGCAAUCAGAUUCAUUUUAUUUUCGGAUAUACAUUCUUGUUCUCGGUGUCUAUGCGGCUAUUCGCGUGACAUUUGCACUAAUAGUGAAGAUUCCAGCUUGCCAUACUGUUUCAGAUAUUACGGAUCCAUGGUCCUUCUUUCAGUUUUUCAAGUGGAUAUAUCAAGAGCGGUAUUUUGUUGGGCGUGGCCUUUUUGAGAAGACAAGUGAUUAUGCCAGAUAUGUCAUAUUUUGGUUGGUGAUAUUAGCCUGCAAGUUUACUUUUGCUUACUUCCUCCAGAUUAAGCCAUUAGUUGGGCCAACAAAUAUAAUUGUUGAACUUCAUGAUUUGCAGUACUCCUGGCAUGAUCUUGUGUCGAAGGGCAACAAAAAUGCUUUGACUAUUCUUAGUUUAUGGGCGCCAGUCUUGGCUAUUUACCUUAUGGAUAUCCUCAUUUGGUACACUCUUUUAUCUGCUAUUGUUGGUGGCUGGAUGGGUGCAAGAGCUCGCCUUGGGGAGAUAAGAUCGCUUGAAAUGCUUCAUAGACGUUUUGAGACCUUUCCAGAAGCUUUUACGAAGAAUCUUGUAUCUCCUCGAGCAAGCGGGAUUCCGUUGAGCAGACAAGUACCUCAGGAAGCUCAAGAUACGAACAAGAUAUAUGCAGCAAAAUUUUCUCCAUUCUGGAAUGAGAUUAUCAAGAGCUUGCGCGAAGAGGACUACAUUAGUAAUCGGGAAAUGGAUUUGCUUGUUAUACCAAGUAACUGUGGCAGCUUGAGGCUAGUCCAAUGGCCUUUGUUCCUUCUAACUAGUAAGAUCUUGUUGGCAAUUGACUUGGCUUUGGAUUGCAAAGAUUCACAAGCCGACUUGUGGAAUCGAAUAGCAAAGGAUGAGUACAUGGUCUACGCUGUUAAGGAAUGUUACUAUAGUGUCGAAAGAAUUCUAUACUCUCUAGUUGAAGGGGAAGGAAGAGCUUGGGUUGAAAGACUAUUCCGCAUGCUCAAUAACAGCAUUUCAGAGGGUUCACUUGUAUUAACUAUAAACCUCGAAAAGUUGCAGCUUGUAGUAUCAAGAUUUACUGCCUUGACCGGGUUACUGAUAAGAGAUGAGACUCCUGAGCGUGUGAGAGGAGCUGCAGAAGCUGUCUAUGACUUAUAUUAUGUUAUUACACAUAAUUUACUGACAUCAAAUUUUAGGGAGGAGUUUGAUACAUUGUUGGCUAGAGCAAGGAAUAGAGGCCGUCUUUUCUCUACAAUCUUCUGGCCCAAUGAUCCCGAAUUAAAGGAGCAGGUUAAACGCCUACAUUUACUUUUGACUGUUAAGGACUCUGCUGCAAAUAUUCCCAAGAACUUAGAAGCUUGUAGGAGAUUGCAAUUUUUUACCAAUUCUUUAUUCAUGAAAAUGCCUGCUGCAAAGCCUGUCUCUGAGAUGAUGCCUUUCUGUGUUUUUACCCCGUACUACAGUGAGACUGUACUGUAUAGUUCCUCAGAGAUAAGGUCUGAAAAUGAGGAUGGAAUUUCCAUCCUUUUCUAUCUCCAGAAAAUCUUUCCAGAUGAAUGGGCAAAUUUCUUGGAACGAAUUAACCUUGAUGAGUCAUCAGCAGAUGAGAUCCAGGAUAAUUCCAAUGAUGCCUUGGAACUACGCUUUUGGGUAUCCUAUCGCGGCCAGACCUUAGCAAGGACAGUACGUGGUAUGAUGUACUAUAGAAGGGCCCUUAUAUUACAAAGCUAUCUGGAAAGGAGAUCUCUUGGAGGUCUUGAGGAUGGUUAUUCUCAUGCUGAUUAUAGAAAUAUCCAAGGAUAUGAAUUAUCUUCUGAUGCACGCGCUCAAGCAGAUCUUAAGUUUACCUAUGUUGUAUCAUGCCAAAUAUAUGGACAGCAGAAGCAUAAGAAGGCUCCAGAGGCAGCUGAUAUUGCUCUUUUGAUGCAGAGGAAUGAGGCACUUCGUGUUGCUUUCAUACACGAGGAAGAAACUGUAUCUAGUGAUGGCAAACCAUUAAAAGAAUACUACUCAAAGCUAUUGAAAGCUGAUGUUCAUGGAAAGGAUCAGGAAAUAUAUUCUAUUAAGCUUCCUGGAAACCCUAAGCUUGGAGAAGGGAAACCUGAGAAUCAAAACCAUGCUAUAAUUUUCACCCGUGGUGAUGCUGUACAGACUAUCGACAUGAAUCAGGACAACUACCUUGAGGAGGCAAUGAAAAUGAGAAAUUUACUUGAUGAAUUUCGGGCAAAUCAUGGCCUUCGACCUCCUACUAUUCUUGGUGUCCGUGAGCAUGUCUUUACCGGAAGUGUUUCAUCUUUAGCUUGGUUUAUGUCGAAUCAAGAAACUAGCUUUGUUACCUUGGGACAACGUGUUCUGGCAUAUCCCCUGAAGGUUCGUAUGCAUUAUGGGCAUCCCGAUGUUUUCGAUAGGAUAUUCCACAUAACAAGAGGUGGUGUAAGCAAAGCAUCUCGUGUUAUCAAUAUAAGUGAAGACAUAUAUGCAGGAUUCAAUUCGACAUUGCGGCAAGGAAAUAUCACACACCAUGAAUAUAUUCAGGUUGGAAAAGGCAGAGAUGUAGGUUUGAACCAGAUUGCUCUUUUUGAAGGGAAAGUGGCUGGUGGCAAUGGAGAGCAAGUCCUAAGUCGAGACGUAUAUCGUCUUGGGCAUCUUUUUGACUUCUUUAGAAUGUUAUCCUUCUUCUUCACUACUGUUGGUUAUUAUGUGUGCACAAUGAUGACUGUUCUUACUGUGUACAUCUUCUUAUAUGGACGGGUAUACCUGGCGCUCUCUGGAAUCGACUCAGCAAUAGCUCGCAAAGCAAGAUUGCUGGGAAACACUGCACUUGAUGCUGCUUUGAAUGCUCAAUUUUUGGUUCAGAUUGGUAUUUUUACAGCUGUACCAAUGAUAAUUGGUUUCAUACUGGAACAAGGACUAAUGCAGGCUGUUUUUAGUUUUGUUACCAUGCAGCUCCAGCUGUGCUCUGUCUUCUUUACAUUCUCUCUUGGAACCAGAACUCAUUAUUUUGGGAGAACAAUCCUCCAUGGUGGUGCUAAAUAUCGAGCUACUGGCAGAGGGUUUGUUGUUCGUCACAUUCCAUUUGCAGAAAAUUAUCGACUUUACUCCAGAAGCCACUUUGUUAAAGCUUUUGAGGUUACAAUCCUCCUCAUUGUUUACAUAGCAUAUGGUUACACCGAUGGUGGUGCAUCUACGUUUAUCCUCGUCACUAUCAGUAGUUGGUUUCUGGUCAUAUCAUGGCUUUUCGCACCAUACAUUUUUAACCCCUCUGGGUUUGAGUGGCAGAAGACUGUUGAUGAUUAUGAUAACUGGACUAGUUGGCUUUUCUAUAAAGGCGGUGUUGGUGUUAAAGGAGAACAGAGUUGGGAAUCGUGGUGGGAUGAGGAGCAGGCUCAUAUCCAUACGUGGAGGGGACGCAUCCUGGAGACGAUCUUGUCCUUACGGUUUUUAAUAUUUCAGUAUGGCAUUGUAUACAAGCUACAUCUUACUGGACAUAAUACUUCCCUUGGACUUUAUGGUUUCUCGUGGAUUGUCCUCCUUGUCAUUGUACUGGUAUUCAAGGUUUUCACCUUCACCCCUGGAAAGAUCCAUGUUCAGCUUACUAUACGGUUUAUUCAGGGUGCAACAGCCAUAGGGUCCAUUGUCUUUAUCAUCCUUGCUGUCAUAUUCACUGCGUUGACAAUUGCCGAUUUAUUUGCUAGUGUUCUGGGUUUUAUUGCAACUGGAUGGGCUGUGUUGUCUAUAGCAAUCACAUGGAGAAGCGUGGUGAAACGGCUGGGCCUGUGGGACUCGCUACGCGAGAUUGCUCGUCUGUAUGACGCGGGAAUGGGCAUACUUAUCUUCAUCCCAGUGGCGGUGCUCUCGUGGUUCCCUUUCGUGUCCACCUUCCAGUCCCGCCUUCUGUUCAACCAAGCAUUCAGCCGUGGGCUGGAGAUCUCCCUCAUCCUCGCAGGGAACAAAGCGAACGUCCAAUCGUGAAGCGCCGCUUCCAGAAGCAACUUGUUUUCCGUGUGGUUCAAUUAUUUGUGCAGCUUGUAAGAGGUAGAGAGAGGACCCGACACAUCCGUGGUUGAUACCGGGCCUUUUUGUUGUAUCCUGGGUGUUUAUCGUUUCUUCUUCGCUAAUUGAAUUAGUUUUAAGCACAAUGCGUUGUCUACAUUAUUGAAGUUGUUUCUCAUCACAAUCGGUACCUAAUGCUUGUAGCUGAGGUUGUAAAUAUGUAAUGUCGAUGUUAUUAUUUUUGACUCUUUGCAAGAUUUAGUGAGAAGCAAAUGAUCCGAUUAAAUGUUUUGGGGAGCUUUCAUUUGUUGGUUAA